UACGCGGCAAAAAUGAAAUCUUGUUGUUUGGCAUGAUGAUUGAGAGUUUGUAUAUGUAUAUCACAUAUGCAGUAAAUGCAGUAGGGCGUAAAGUAGUAGUUCACUGACAGUAUAAUUUAAUUCUGUUUGAUAGCAGAGAAUAAACUGAUGGUAUGGCAUAUCCAGGCUCAAUGUAUGGUGCAACUGAUCCACAAUCUCAAGUAUCUCCAGAAGUGCAACAGUGGUUUGCUGCUGUUGAUAGAGACGGUAGUGGAAGAAUAACUGCUACAGAAUUAAAAGCUGCCUUAGCAAAUGGACAAGGAGGGACAUUUUCAGAUACUGCCUGCAAAUUAAUGAUUGGCAUGUUUGACAAAGAAAAGAGUGGUACAAUAGACUUAGUUGAAUUCCAAGCCCUUUAUAAUUACAUCAAUGCAUGGUUAGGUGUUUUUCGUGGUUUCGAUCAUGAUAAUUCAGGAACUAUACAGGAGAAUGAACUUAAUGCAGCUUUAACACAAAUGGGAUAUAGACUAAGUCCAGAAUUUAUUUCAUUUCUUAUAAAAAAAAGUGAUCCUAAUAGUCAUUCUUGUAUCACUAUUGAUCAGUUCAUUGUGUUAUGUGUUCAGAUUCAAAGAUUCACAGAAGCCUUUCGAGUAAGGGACUCUGACCAAACAGGAACCAUUACUAUCUCUUUUGAAGACUUUUUAGGUGUUGCACUUAGCUGUAGUACAUAACAAUUCUUAUUUUCUUAACAAUUACUGCUUUUUAAUUAUUUAAUUUAAUUUAAUCAGGUAUAGUACAACUGCUAAUAGCAUAAUAUUACACUUAAAGUUCCAUUUUAUUGUAAUUCAUAAUCAAUAGUACCUUAUUAUGUUUAAUGAAUAUGUUAUUACAGAAGUAGCGUCUUUUAUUAGAUAGAAAAUAAUUUUAAUUAUAUACGACUUUGCAACAUCUUGUAUUUGCAAGAAAGCUUUUAAAUUAAUGUUUAUGUAUAGCUAAAGUUACUUAGCAUAAAAUACAACGUGACUGAUGGUUCCAUUAAUUUAAUUCUGUUUAAUAU